AUGGAGGUUAGUGAGAUUAUUGCUUGGUGCAGAGAGAGGGGUGUUGAGCUGGACAGGGUUAUCAUUCUGAGCAACGUACCUGCAGAAUGUGAAGACAAAAUAGUCUAUGAUGUGCUGGAUGCUGUCCUGGGAAUGAGGAAAUGCAAAGUGCUUGAUCGCCAUUCUGAUAAGACUCAGCGACAACAGUUUCUUCUGAUUGAGACCGCUAGCAAGGUUUCUGAGAUGGCUAUCCCUGCAGAGCUCGGAGGACCGGAAGUAGGUACCUGGUACACACAGGUUAUUCAUGUCGCAGCUGAGGCACCUAAACAGAACAGUGAAGAUGAAUUUCAGACUAAGCUGAUGUCUUUUCUUCAAGCGGAAGGAAAGUCGCUAUCUGACAUUCCAAGUUUAGCUUCCCCUGCACCUGUGCUUAACACUAAGCUUGUUGAUGCCUUAAAUUCCCUUGUUCAAACGUGUCAUGUGGCAUCGUCUGAAGAGAGAGCUGGAUAUAGGAAGUUGCGUCCCUUCUCAGGGUUCAUUCCCACUCCCCAUGGAGAGGAUGAGUAUGAGGUCUGGGUGGAGCAGACCACCCACAUUCUGGAAGAGUGGCAGUGUUCUGAUAAUGUUAAGAAGCAGAGACUAGUAGAGUGUCUCAGAGGUCCUGCAGCAGACAUUGUAAGGUUUGAGAAGACUGGUAACCCAUCCGCUACCUUCAAUGAUUACCUUAGUGCACUAGAGUCAGCGUUUGGCACUACCGAGGAUGCUGCAGACUUGAUGUUAAAAUUUCGGAGCACUUACCAGAGCGAGGGAGAGAAGCUCUCAGCCUACAUAAUGAGGUUGGACAGGAUGCUGCACAGUAUGUUGAGGAAGAGAGGCAUUGAGUUCCCUGCAAUGAAUCGUCUCCGGAUGCAGCAAAUAGUUAGAGGUGCCCUCUCAAGUGACCUGGUGGCUAUGCGUUUGAGGAUGACCCAUAAGUUGUGUGCCCCACCUCCCUUCAAUGAGCUAAUGAAGGAGGUAAGAGAAGAGGAAAGUAUGUUACACCAAAGGAGCUCAGUCCAGGCAAAUGUAGCUGUGGCUGCACGGAAUGAGUCGUCUGGCAACAGUCUGGCCAAUUCAGAAGUUGAAAUGCUGAAGAGGGAGAUUAGGGGGUUGAAGAAUGAGGUGUCUCGUUUAUCAGCUGUGGCAAAAGAACCCGUCACUCAUGAUCGUCCAGUUACGCACAGUUAA